GCCCGUCAGUUCGCCGUGUACUCUCGUUCGAGCGACAGUGUUCCGUCGUGUCCGUAGUUGUCGCGUUCCGUCGUGUGCGAGUCGUCGCGUCAAUCCGGUUUGGGGUUACGCGCGCGCGAGGGGGCUCCGUGGAGUUUGGAGAGUUUGGAGGUGCAUUCGCGCUUCAAGCAAAUUUGUACGAGAGAUCGACAAAAGAAUCGUGAACUCUCAGCGAGUUUUUCUCCGAUGAAAUUCACGAGUUCUUCAAUCAAUUAAAUUCCUGAUUGGGGCACCCUGGUGUACAUGUAUGAGGUGGUGUGUGUAACCACUCGUUGAAGGCGCCUACGGGAAGAGAAAUAAAUAAAUUCAAGUGAAGUACCCCCCGUUCGUUGAAUUUGGGGCCCACAAAGAGUGUGGAAGAGUGGAGGGGAAUAAAUAAAUUUGAUUAAAUUGAUUGAAAAAAAUCGCUCGGAAUUAAGCCGGGCGCGAUUCUCGUUGCAGUGCCAAAGGUGUACGAGUGUGAGUGGGGCUCAGGCUCAGCGUUACGCGUGAAAUGGCUCAUUGAAGCCUGCAGCGUUGAUCGGCAGUUUUUUUUGGUGGGGCUGUAUGUGUGAAUCUGCUCCGUUGUGAUCGUGUACGGAAAGCAAAAGUUCAGCCUGUUUGAACUUGUUGGAGCCUGUUUGCUUGCUCGCUCCCCCAAAAAAGGCAAUGUAAAUCAUCAAUCUGAUCCCGGAGUGUUUGUGAAAUUGGAGGCAGCAAAAAAAAAGAAGAAGAAUAACCUAAGCCUAAAGCAAAAAAAAAAAGAAUUGUGUGAGUUUGUGAUUGUGCAAAAAAUAGUACCAACCCAACGCAAAUUUAGCGAGAAAAGAGAAGUAAAAGGGAAGAUAACCCAGCUGCACCCGACAUCAAUCAGCUGUCAGGCCAGAGUAGAGCAGAAAAAGCAGAGCAGAUUCAUCUGAAUUGGAUUAACGGCAGCAUCGGCAGAAGGCAGCGGCACAUACGAGCACACAUACACAUACACAGCGCAGCAGAGGCUCCGCCAGUCAUAGAGAAGAAGAAAAGCAAAAAAAAAAGUAUAAAGGAAAAAAGGGCGGCGGCGGCGUUGUUUGUGUACGUGCGUGACUGCCUCAACAUCCUGCGAGUUAUUUUGAAGAUGGUGCUGAGGCCUAACAUGAGCUAACGCUAGCUAAAGAUGGUCCCAGGAGUGGCGGGCGGAGUGUCACGAGCGCGGUUACUCACGGUUGUCCGGUCGGUUGUUCUGGCCGGCCUGAUAACGCGCGCUCUCGGCGACCCCGCUCCCGUCCCAAACGCCCACGAUGGCGGCAUUCUACAUCAGCAACAGGACGACCCCACCGGGGGUCUUUCGGACAAGUACGUGUUCCAGUUCACCCACGCCCUGUACAACGUGUCGAUUCCGGAGAACAGCGUCGGCAAGACGUACGCCGUGCAACCGCCGAACGAGGACCGGCUCGGAAUCUACGUGACGCCCGAGCUGGACGUCAAGUACAAGAUCGUCAGCGGGGACAAGGACAAGUUCUUCAAGGCCGAGGAGCGCCUCGUCGGGGAUUUUGCCUUCCUGGCGAUCCGACUGCGCACCAGCAACGUAGUGCUGAACCGGGAGAAGGGCGACAGCUACCGGCUGGAGGUCAAAGCGACGGCCACGAAGCGCGAAGGCAAGAGCCGAAUCUCGCUGGAAGCGGACACCACAAUCGACGUCCGGGUCCUGGACACCAACGACCUAAGUCCGCUCUUCUACCCGACCGAAUACUCGGUGACGAUCUCCGAGGACACUCCGCUGCACAAAAGCAUCCUGCGGGUAAUCGCCGAGGACGCUGAUUUGGGUUUGAACGGGGAGAUCUACUACAGUAUCCUCGACGAGACGGAACAGUUUGCGGUGCACCCAACGACGGGUGUGAUUACGCUGACGAGGCCACUGAAGUUUACGGAUCGGUCGUUGCACGAGCUCACGGUUACGGCUAGCGAUCGGGGGAUUGGGUCCGGAUCGGGGCGGAAUCAGGCGAGCAAGGCGCGGGUGAAGAUUAAGAUUCGACAGGUCAAUCUAUUCGCGCCGGAUAUUUACGUGCAGGCGCUGCCGGACAUUUUGGAGAACUCGAACAACAACCUGUUUGGGAUCGUGCGCGUCGAGGACAAGGACAAGGGCGUGCACGGGCAGAUCAAAAGUUUGGACAUUGUGGACGGGGAUCCCGAUGGGCACUUUCGGAUCAAGGCGACUGGGCGGGGCGGGGAGUUUGUGAUUGAGGUGCACCGGUUGUUGGACCGGGAGACGGCUCCGGUGGGGUAUAACUUGACGCUGAGGGCGGUGGACAGGGGGGUUCCGUCGCGGCAGAGUUACAAGGUGAUUCCGGUGCACUUGGCGGACAUUAAUGACAAUGCGCCGGUGUUUAAUCGGGAGAUUUACGAGGUGUCGGUGCCGGAGACGAGUCCGCCGAACACGCCGGUGAUUCGGCUGAAGGUGACGGAUCGGGAUGAGGGCAAGAAUGCGCAGGUGUUUCUGGAGAUUGUGGGCGGAAACGAGGGGGGAGAGUUUCGAGUGAAUCCGGAAACGGGGAUGUUGUAUACGGCGGUUCCGUUGGAUGCGGAGUUGAAGGCGUUUUACACGUUGACGGUGUCGGCGAUUGAUCAGGGGAACACGGGGACGAGGAAGCAGUCGUCGGCCAAGGUGAAGAUCAAUGUGCAGGACACGAACGAUAAUGAUCCGAUUUUUGAGACGAACAAUAUGACAAUAAAGGUGGAUGAGAAUGAACCGGCGGGGACGACUGUUACGAAGGUGACGGCUCGGGAUAAGGAUCUUGGGGAGAAUGCAUACAUAUCGUAUAGUAUAGCGAAUCUGAAUGAUGUCCCGUUUGACAUUGACCACUUUUCCGGGGUGGUUCGGACUUCCAAGUUGCUGGACUAUGAAAGCAUGCGUCGGGAGUACAUUUUGCGGGUACGAGCCUCCGAUUGGGGACUUCCUUACCGACGGCAGACCGAGAUGCAGCUGAUCAUCAAACUAAGAGACGUCAAUGACAAUCGACCCCAGUUUGAGCGCAUCGAUUGCGUAGGGCGAAUCCCGCGCUACACUCCAAUUGGGACGGAGAUAUUCACUCUUUCUGCGCUGGACUUUGACUACGGAAGUGUGAUCACCUACCGGAUGGUGUCCGGUAAUGAGGAUGGAUGCUUCAACCUGGACCCGGGAACGGGCGUCAUCUCCGUAGGCUGUGAUCUCGGUGACAUCGGCGUCGAGUACCGUGAGGUCAACGUGACCGCCACCGAUGGGACGCACUUUGCCGACACGGCCCGCAUCCAGAUCAACCUGGUGCAGAACAAACGCAAUCUGGGCAGUAACCUCAAAGCCGAAGACGGCGCCAUGUUUGAGUGUCGGGAAACCGGAGUUCGUCAACGCCUCGUUGACAUCCAGGCGUCCGCCGAACGCAAUAACAUGCCCGGACGGGACGUCAGCAACGGCGAUGACUUUGCCAUGAUGCCCAGCCGGUACGGCGAGAACGUUCACGCACCCGAGUUUGUCGACUUACCGCUGGAGGUCAAGGUCAACGAGUCGAUCCCACUCGGCACUACAAUCACCUGGAUCAAGGCGCGCGAUCGUGACCUAGGUUACAACGGCAAGCUCGUGUUCGGCAUCUCCGGCGGAGAUGACGACUCCGUCUUCCGGCUAGACCCCGACAACGGAGAGCUCAAGAUCAUCGGCUACCUCGAUCGCGAACGUCGCGACGAGUACUUCCUCAACAUCACCGUGUACGAUCUGGGCAAACCCCAAAAGUCAAUCUCCAAAGUCCUCCCCAUCACCGUCCUCGACGAGAACGACAACGUGCCGCGCUUCGAAAAGUCCCUCGCGAGCUUCCGCGUCACCGAGAACGCCCUCAACGGCACGAUCAUCUUCCGCGUCAACGCUACGGACGCCGAUCUCGGCAACAACGCCAAGGUAACGUACAGCCUCAUCACCGACACCAAAGACUUCCGCGUAGACCCCGAAACGGGUGUCCUCUCCGUGAUCGCUCCGCUCGAUCGCGAACGUCAGGAGAUCUACGAACUGCGCAUCCGAGCAACGGACGGUGGCGGCGAUCAAAGCACACCCGCCCUCUUCUCGGAAGCCCUGGUUCGCGUCACCGUCGACGACAUCAACGACAACGCGCCCGAGUUUAGCAUCCAGGAUCUCAGCGUCCGCAUCCGGGAAGACGUGCCCAAGGGAACCGUCGUGACGGUAGUGUCCGCGGUCGACCUGGACUCCGGUUCGAGCAGUGAAAUUCUGUACAGUUUCGGAGAAAACGGGGACGGCGAGGGCUCGUUCAAGAUCGACAAGCAGUCCGGCACGAUCCGAACGGCGAAAAUGCUAGACUUUGAGGAGCGUCAGAUUCACAGCUUGAUUGUGAAAGCGAUCGACCGGGGAACGCCCUCGCUCUCGUCCGAAACCUCAGUGAUUGUGGAAGUGAUCGAUGUGAACGAAAACAAGUACGCGCCACAGUUUGAAGAUUUCGUGCUGAUCGGGUCGAUUACGGAGAACAAACCGCCGGGGGCGCACGUCAUGCAGGUCACGGCUAAGGAUCUGGAUCCACCAGGGCCGGACUCGCGCGUCAGCUACUCGAUCAAGGGCGGAGACGGGCUGGGCAUUUUCGCCAUCGACAAUGAAGGAACCAUCCGCACCCUGGCCACGCUCGAUCUGGAAUCCAAACUGAGCUACUGGCUGACGGUGUGCGCCCAGGACCAGGCCGUCGUUCCGCUGCACUCGUGUGUUCAGGUAUUCAUCCAGGUGCAGAACGAGAACGACAACGUGCCGCUGACGGAGGAGGCCGUCUACUAUCCGUCCGUGCCCGAGAGCAGCCCCAACGGCGUCAAAGUGCUCCAGCUGAUCGCCGAGGAUCGCGACAUCGAUCCGCUGCAGCAAAUCUCGUACCGCAUCACCUCGGGCAAUCCGGAGGGAUUCUUCGCCAUCAACAGCACUAGCGGUUUAAUUACCACUACGGCAAGAAAACUCGACCGGGAAAACCAAUCCGAGCAUAUUUUGGAGGUCCUCGUGAUGGACAACGGCGCCCCGCAGCUCUCGUCGACGACCCGCGUCGUCGUGCAGGUCGAGGACGUCAACGACCACACGCCCGAGUUCGACCAGAAGCUGUACAAGGUGCAAAUUCCGGCCAACGCCAAAAUCGACCAGGUCCUGUUCCAGAACGAUUACGCAGCAGGCCACGAGGAUCUGAUGUAUCAAGCGCCGGAGCUGGAGCUUGGCCAGAUGCAGGCGGCCGAUCCGGACGCAGGCCUGGAGGAGGGCACUUGGGAGACCUUUCCGGACAAAGAUUUCCGCGGACUGCAGGUGGUGCUGCGGGUACUCGCCACGGACCAGGACAUGGGCGAGAACGGACGCGUCACGUACUCGAUCAAGUCGGGCCGCGGCAAGGCGAAAAAGUUCCGCAUCGACCCGGACACCGGCAUAAUCUACGCGGCCAAAUCGUUCGAGGUGGACACCGAGUACGACCUGCUCGUGAAAGCGGAGGACAGCGGAGUGCCGAAAAAGUCCCAACAGGCACGGGUCAGCAUCGCCGUCGUGGACGUUCCGGCCAAGUCGGAGAACGCACCGGUGUUGAAAACGAUUGACCAGCAUGUUGAGGUGACGGAGAGUGACACGCCCGGGUUCUUGGUGGCGUUGAUACAGGCGAUGGAUUAUGACGGGGAGCAGUUGUGGUUUGAUAUUGUGGGUGGGGACGAGCGGAAUGAGUUCUAUAUUGGACGGGAUAAUGGAAACGUGCUGUUGGCGAAGUACUUGGACUGGGAGACGCAGAAGGAGUACAAUUUGACGAUUAGCAUCUCGGACGGGGUGCACGUAGUUUACACCCAGCUGUACGUUUCGGUAAUUGAUAUAAACGACCACCGGCCGGAGUUUACCGAGUCGUUGUACCGGGUGGACAUUUCGGAGAGCAUUGAGGAGGGUACGGAGGUGCUUCAGCUGCAUGCGACUGAUGCCGACGAAGAUAAGAAGCUGUUUUACAGCUUGCACGCGGCACGUGACCCCGUUUCGUUGAAACUGUUUCGCGUGGACUCGGUGAGCGGGAGUAUCAUUACGGCGCACAAGUUGGACCGUGAAGCGUUGGCUGAGCACGUGUUGAUCGUUAUUGUGAAAGAUCAAGGAACUCCAGCGAAGCGCAACUACGCCAAGGUCAUCAUCACUGUGCACGAUCACAACGAUCACGCGCCUGAGUUCACGAGCAAGAUCGUUCAAGGCAAGGUGUACGAAACGGCUACCGUUGGAACGCGGGUCGUGCAAGUGUACGCCAUCGAUCGGGAUAUUGGUGACAACGCCAGGAUAACUUACUCGAUCGUCAGCGGCAACAUUGGCAAUGUGUUCAACAUCGAUCCGACCAUGGGCGUCAUCAGCGUUGCGAAAGACCUGGAUAUUAGCGCCCUCUCCGAGUACAUGCUCCAGGUGAAGGCUUCCGACGGUGGCAAACCCUCACUUUCCUCGCAAAUUCCCGUCCAUGUAAUGAUCAACAUGGCGGACAAUGCCCCACCACGCUUCACCUCCGUCGACCCAGCCGCCGAGAUCUACGAAAACCUCCCCAUUGGAACCUUUGUCAUCCACAUCGAAGCGCGCAGCACCUCCUCCCUUCAGUUCGAGAUCAUCAGCGGCAACGUGAACGACAUGUUCUUCAUCAACCCCUCGACCGGUGUCAUCACUACCAAGGACAUCCUCGACUACGAAACGAACAAGUUCUACAACCUCACCGUGCUCGCUACAAACAUGGCCUCGGCCAACGCGACCUGCGCCGUGAUCAUCAACGUGCUCGAUCGCAAUGACAACGUGCCGUACUUUGAGCAGCAGGUCUACAAGGGAGAAGUGUCGGAAGCGGCACCAAUAGGCUCGCUAGUGCUGACGCUGAACGAACUUCCGCCGAAUGUCAGCCAACUGUUGGUCAAUGUAUCGCUUCCGUUGGUGAUCAAGGCCAAGGAUGCGGACUCGGGGUUGAACGCGCUGUUGCACUACGACAUACUGGAGGUUAUGCCGAGGAGGUACUUCCACAUCGACUCGAGCACGGGGGCGAUCAAGACCAUUAUGCACCUGGACCACGAGAAGAUACCGUUCUUCAGUUUUCAUGUUAAGGUAACUGAUCUCGGCAAACCGCGCCUCACAUCGGAGACCACGGCCGAGGUUCGGAUCGCGGUCAACGACGUCAAUGACUGCGCGCCGGCCUUCACCCAGAAGGAGUACAACGUGACACUGCUGCUGCCAACGUACGAAAACGUGGCCGUAAUACAGGUGAACGCCACCGACGAGGACAGCUCGGAAAACUCAACUCUGCGAUACGACAUCAUCGAAGGCAAUCGCGACGGGGUGUUUGUGAUCGACGCCGGAAGUGGCAUCAUUACGACGCGGGACGUCGAAAGCAUCGGGUCGCAGUACAAGCUGGGCGUGAGGGUGUCGGACGGGAAGUUCUCGAAGGUCGCCUACGUGAACAUCCAGGUUGAGACGUCGGAAAAUUCCGGGCUGAUCUUCCAGAAGUCGAUCUACGAGGGGUCGAUCUUGGAGAACAGUACGAAGAUCACGACGGUAACGGUCGUCAACGUGCUGGGGUCGAACCUGAACGAGCACAUCGAGUUUGGAAUCCUUAACCCUACUGACAUGUUCAAGAUCGGACUGACCUCCGGAGCGAUCCAAACGACAGGAAAGAAAUUCGACCGUGAAGUCCGCGACAACUACGAGCUGAUCGUCGAAGCCCGCUCGCAACUUCCGGAUCGAGAGAAACCGCGCGUAGCGCACGUCAUCGUGAACGUCACCAUCCUGGACAUCAACGACAACUGCCCGAUGUUCGUGAAUCUGCCGUACUACGCGGUAGUCUCCGUGGACGACCCGCGGGGAUCGGUCAUCACGAAGGUGCACGCCCUCGAUCUGGACAGCUUCGAAAACGGAGAGGUGCGGUACGAGAUGAAGCGUGGCCACGGGGAGUUGUUCAAGGUGGACCGCAAGACCGGGGAAGUUACGCUGAAGCAAACGCUCGAGGGUCACAACCGGGACUACGAGCUACUGAUUUCGGCGUAUGACGGUGGAAUUACGCCGUGCUCGACGGAUGUUACGGUGCAUGUGAAGGUGAUUGACAAAUCGAUGCCGGUGUUCAGCAAGCAGUUCUACUCGGACACGGUCGCGGAGAACAUCGAGCUGCACUCGCCCCUCUCGGUGGCCAUCCAGGCGGAAAGUCCGCUCGGCCGGAAGCUCAUCUACAGCAUCGUCAAGGGCAACGAGCUGGAGGAGUUUGCCGUCGACUUCAACACAGCCCCGGACAGCACAAACGGCCCAUGUGCGAUCUACGUGGUGGACGAGCUGGACUACGAGCAGCGCCAGAGCUACGAACUUUUAAUUAGAGCCACGGACAGCGUUUCCGGCGUGUCGGCGGAAGUGCCCGUCUCGGUGCUGGUCCAGGACGUCAACGACUGCCCGCCGGAGAUCGAGCAGGACAGCUACAACAUCACCGUGUCCGAGCGGGCCCAGUUCGGGACGGCCAUCCUCAAAGUGCAGGCCAAGGAUAACGACACCGGCAUCAACCAAGUCGUCACGUAUGCCCUGCAAACCGACUCCAAGAACACCUCCGAGUAUUUCCACAUGGACGCCACGGACGGCGUAAUCUACCUGAAAAAGUCCCUCGACCACGAAACGCUCAGCCACCAUCACUUCACCGUCAUCGCCAGCGAUCGGGGCGUGCCAAGUCUCAGCUCGACGGCCCACGUCUGGGUCUCCGUCCUGGACAUGAACGACAACCCGCCCAAGUUCGAGCAACCGUCGUACACGUGCGUCCUGUCGGAACACGCGGCCCGCGGCCAGUUCGUGACGGUCGUUUCGGCGUCCGAUCCGGAUUACAUCGACCACGAUCGACUCACGUACACAAUAGCCCAGGGCAACGAGCUGCAGACGUACGACAUCGAUCCGAUUUCGGGCAUCAUCACGCUGGUCAACAUGCAGAACUUUGCCGAGAAGCACCAGAGCGUGCUGAACGUUUCGGUCACGGACGGGGUUUACACGAGCUUCACCAGGGUUAAGAUAACGAUCCUACCGGCGAAUCUGCACAAUCCGGCGUUCGAGCACAUGUUCUACGACGUGAAGGUCAACGAGAAUCAGCUGGCGGGACGGCUGGUUACGACGGUCAAAGCCACCGACAAGGACUUUGGCGAGUACGGUCGGCUCUCGUACAGCAUCAUCUCGGACGAGAUUCAGGAGUACUUCUCGAUCGACAAGGAAAAGGGCGAGAUCGUGACGAAGAAGCGGCUCGACCGCGAGCAGAAGAAGCUGUACGAGGUGCCGAUCAUGGCGGUGGACGCCGGAGGUCGCGCCGGGUUCGCGACGGUUCGCGUCAAGGUCGGCGACGAGAACGACAACGCGCCGGUGUUUUUGUACCGGGAGUAUAAGGCGCUGAUCCAGGGUAACCUGACGGUCAAUACGACGUUCUUCCGGGUGAAGGCGAUUGACGAGGAUGACAACCAGAACGCGGUGGUGAAGUACUCGAUCUUUGACUCGCAGAACAGCGGGGUGAAGGAUCUGUUCGGGAUCGACGAGAACACGGGCGGGAUUUAUCUGAAGAAAAGCGCAACACAAUGGGAAAACCAACUGUUCCAGUUCUUCAUUCGCGCGAAUGAUGGUGGAACUCCGUCACUGUACACCGACGUCCCGAUCGAUAUCUACAUCAUGAGUUCAGCGGACAACCCGCCCGUCUUCGAAAAGAAAGAAAAGUUACUCUUCCUGUCGGAGAGUUCCCUCCCUGGAACGGUGAUCACCCGGCUCAAGCUGUCCGGCAACGUAACGGCGUCGUAUCGCAUCCUCUCAGACGAGCUGGAAGAACCGCAGUUCUCGAUCAACAAUGCCGGAGAGCUAAGGCUUGCGAAGACGCUUGAUCGUGAGUUGAAAGAUGUCCAUCUGAUCGCGAUCCUAGCUGAAACUGAUCCGAGUCCACCGUUGACGGCGGUUACCGAGGUGAUCCUGCACGUGCAGGACGAGAACGAUAAUACACCGAUCUUCGAAAGCAAUCCCUACUCGUUCGUGCUGGCGGAGAACAUCGAGAAGGGAAGUUCGAUCAUGAAGUUGACGGCACGGGAUUCGGAUAGUGGAUCGAAUGGGGAUAUUCGGUACUCGUUGUCGGCUGACGUUGGAGAUAUCGUAAACAUCUUCGAUGUUGACGCUUACACGGGGUGGAUCACUACGCUGGUUCCGUUGGAUAAGGAAAAGCGAGAGGACUACAAGUUCCAGGUGAUCGCGACCGAUAACGGUCAGCCUAAACAUGCUACGAGGACUACGGUGAUCAUACGGCUUAAAGACUACAACGACUGUCCUCCAACGUUCAAGGAAUCGCGAUACAACUCGAGCGUCAGCGAAGACGCACUACCUGGAACGGUAGUUCUCCAGAUCUCCACCACCGACAAAGACGUCGAUCUCAAAACGCCCAUUGAGUACUACAUAAUCUCCGGCGAUCCGCUGUCCCAGUUCCAGAUCAAGAACACCGGCGAGGUGUUCGUCGUAAAGGCGCUCGAUCGCGAAAGCAUCUCCCGCUACGAGCUGGGCGUGAUCGUCACCGACGGCAAAUACACCUCGACCACCAACAUCUCGAUCACCGUGCUGGACGCCAACGACAAUCCUCCUUACUGCUUGAAGUAUCGAUAUCGCGAGCAGUUAAGCGAAGGAGUUCACCCGGGCACGUUUGUGCUGCAGAUCCAGGCGAACGACAUCGAUGAACCCGCAAAUAGUCGGUUGCGCUUCUACCUGACCGGCAACGGAGCCGAGGACUUUAACCUGGACAAGGAUUCCGGCCAGCUGAAGACCGCUCGCCAACUCGAUCGCGAAACCCAAUCCAAGUACCAACUAACGGCACACGUCCAGGAUCGUGAUCAUCCCGGCUGGGAGUGCUCCUCCCAGAUCGUGAUCGUCGUCACCGAUCUCAACGACAACCCGCCGGAGUUCUCGCUCAAUCCGUACAGCGUAACGCUACCGGAGGACGCGGAAGUUGGCACGCUCGUCACCAAGAUCCACGCCACGGACGCCGACAUCGGCGUCAACCGCAAGAUCAAGUACUCGUUCAUCGACUCGUACCGCGAUCACUUCCGAAUCGCUCCGGACAGCGGCAUCGUAACGCUCUCGAAACCACUCGAUCGUGAGGUCAAGGCCCUGUACAACCUAACCGUGCGGGCAACCGACCAGGGCAAACCAUCGCUCUUCAACAGCGCCUUCCUGAUCGUUAACGUGCAGGACAUCAACGACAACCCACCAGAGUUCACCUCCAAGCACUACUUCGCGUCAGUCCCCGAGAUCAACUCGGUUGGAUCGGAGAUCCUGAAGGUGCUCGCCACCUCCAAGGACACCGGCAUAAACGCCGAGAUCAACUACUCGAUCAUCGGAGGAAACGAGCACCGCAAGUUCGCCAUGAACAACAGGACGGGAAUCCUGUCGCUGGCGGACACGCUGGACUACGAACGCGCCAAGGAUUACUUCCUGACAAUACAAGCGGUCGAUGGAGGAACGCCUCCGUUGAGCAACCUCGCUACGGUGAACAUCUCCGUGACGGACAGCAACGACAAUCCGCCUCAAUUUACGCAGAACUCGUACACGGCACGCAUCCGAGAGGACGCCCAGAAGGGGGACAAGAUACUGCAGGUGCGAGCGAACGACAUGGACGCGGAGGAGAACGGACGGGUUAGUUACAAGAUCGAGCGCGGCGAUCGGAUGGGUCAGUUUGCGAUCGAGCCGGAGACGGGGUACAUCUCGGUGGCGGGAACGCUCGAUCGGGAGUCGAUCUCGAACUACGUGCUCGAAGUUCAGGCGCGGGAUAACGGACUGCCUACGCUGACCGCGUACGUGCUGGUCAACAUUGAGAUAUCCGACGCGAACGACAAUCCGCCGAUCUUUACCAUUCAGAACUACACGGCUGUGGUGCAGGAGGACAAGCAGAUCGGGUAUACACUGCUAAAGUUUGAGGUAACGGACGCGGAUUCCGCGCCGAACGCCGCACCGUACACGUUCGACUUCCGGUCUGGAAACGACGGGGGAGCGUUCCGCAUCGAGCAGGACGGCAUUCUACGCACAGCAACACGCUUCAACAGCAAGAUUAAGGACUCGUACCAGCUGCAGAUCCGGGUGUUUGACAACGGAGCACCGCCACUGUACUCGGACACGUGGGUCUCGGUGAAGGUGAUCGAGGAGUCGCAGUACCCGCCGGUGAUCACCCCGCUGGACAUCUCGAUCAACUCGUUCCUGGACGAAUACCCGGGUGGGGUGAUCGGGAAGGUGUUCGCUACGGAUCAAGAUCAGUACGAUACGUUGACAUUUGGGUUGGCACCGACCGCCGGGGUGUUGUACUCGCCAACAAAUCUGUUUAACAUCUCACGGAAUGACGGAGUGUUGUAUGCUUUUCCACGGUUGGACGUUGGAGAUUACCGGGUAAAUGUGACGGUUUCGGACGGGAAGUUCUCGUCGUACACGAUCGUGAAGGUAGCGGUUGAGUUGGUAACCGAUGACAUGCUGACCAACUCGAUCGUGAUUCGGUUUACCAAGGUCAGUCCGGAGUCGUUCAUACUGAGUCACAGAAAGGGUUUCAUAAGGUCCGUCCGGAACUCGAUGGGUUGCAAGAUCAAGGACAUCAUAAUCAUUUCGGUGCAGAAGUCAACCGACGACAUCAACCUGAUUCACCACCGCUUCCGACGGGAUUUGAGCAACGUGACGCACUUGCUCGAGAGUCCGCGUCACCGACGCGGCACUAUCAACGAUCUUGACGUGUUGUUCACCGUACGAAAAGGCCCGACCGGGUACUACUCGGCGUACGAGAUCCGCAAGGCGAUCGACGACAAUCUGGAGGAGAUCGAGGACGCGACUAAGCUGCAAAUCGACGAGGUCGUCAAGUCCAAGUGUUUGCCCAACUUUUGCACGCACGGCGAGUGCGAGGACAAGCUGGUGCUGGAUCCGAAGAUCGUGAACCCCAUCUCGACGGACGUGACGAGCUUCGUGUCGGCGCGGCACAUCCACAAGAUGGAGUGCAACUGCAAGGAGGGUUACGGCGGGGACAAGUGCCAGCACGCGGUGAACGAGUGCUCGAAGGCGCCUUGUCCGAACUACAAGAACUGCGUGCCGGACUCGUCGGAUCAGGGCUAUCACUGCAUCUGUCCGGAGGGUUUCGCGGGGCCAAAGUGCGAUCGGGAUAUCAGUAAGUGCAACGACGAGACGUGCUACACGCCGAGGAAUCCGGUGUCGUUCAGCGGGAAGAGCUAUGCGCACUACAGGAUUGAGAAGGAGAUCGCGAAGAAGAACCUGGAGGAUCAGCUGAUGUUGAGCUUGAGGAUCAGGACGGUGCAGCCGACGGGGAACAUUAUGUACUCUUCGGGGAAGGUGGACUACAAUAUACUGGAGAUUGUGAAUGGGGUGAUUCAGUACAGGUUCGACUUGGGUUCUGGAGAGGGAAUGGUCAGUGUUACGAGCAUCUUCGUAUCGGACGGGUUGUGGCACGAGGUACGGUUGGAGCGUGAAGGUAACAGCGCUCGGGUGAUUGUGGAUAACAAGCACGUAGCUAGUGGGAACGCCCCGGGAGUGAACGGAGUGUUGAACCUCCAGUCGGACGAUAUCUACUUUGGAGCGGAGGUCAAGCAGCAUCCGACGGUGCUCGGGUUUGAGGACAUUCAGCGUGGUUACAUGGGCUGCAUGGACGAUAUUAAGCUGUCGAAGAUCCCGGUUCCGCUGCACAUGAACGGAGCUAGCUCCGUCGCGAGUUUGCGACGAUUCGCCAACGUGGAGUUCAGUUGUGAUGCUUCCGCGAUCCUGGUUCCGCUGGGAGUUUGUGGGACGCAGCCGUGCUGGAACGGAGGCACCUGUACGGAUAUUGGAGGUGGCAACUUUGAGUGUUUGUGCCACUCGAGAUUCUCAGGACUGUUCUGCAAGGAAGAUCUGGAUCCGUGCGCUUCGUCACCUUGCUUGUAUGGGGGGAAGUGUUCGAAGUUGAGUCCUGGAAACUACACGUGCGACUGCCCGGCGAGGAUGAGCGGCAAGCGGUGCGACUACGGAAGGUUCUGCACUCCAAAUCCGUGCCGGAACGGUGGAGUUUGUGAGGAAGGGGACGAUGGUCCGCUUUGUAUGUGUCGUGGUUACACGGGAACGACCUGUGAGAUCGACAUAGAUGAGUGCGAGCAGCAACCUUGUGGUAACGGAGCGACCUGUAUCAAUGAAGCGGGUAGCUUCCGGUGUGUCUGCCCACCUGAGAUGACCGGAGCUAGCUGUGGCGAUCCGCUGUACACCUUCCCGCUGAGGAUCCCGUUCAAUUCGGUAACCUCCGAGCAGUGGGUGCUGUUUGCGAUCGCCUUGGGAGGUCUCGUCAUACUGAGCUUGCUGAUCUACGGCAUCGUGGUUGUCUGCAGGAAGAAGCGACGCGUUCAUCGCCACGAGAAGAUCAACAACGACCCGAAAGCCAUGGUCCUGAACUCGGUAUCGGACAACUCGCAGUACAAGCGAUCGUCCAAGAUGAGCAACCUGGAGAUCAUCCAGCGCGACAUGCAGCAACGGCCGGUCUCGUACACUCCUAGCAGCAACAACGAUCAUCCGUACACGUGCAACGCAAUGCUACAGUACAACAACCUGGACACCCUGCGAAGUUACGGCUCCGCAGGUGACGAACUCGAAAACGUCCCGCCAGAAUACCGAAAAGCCUCGGUCCGACCCAACCAACAACUGGUCAACAUCAACAGCGGUAACGCCUCGAGCGACACCGAGUCCCUGCACAAACAGAAAUGGGUCGACCAGAUGCAGAUGCAAACCUUCACCGACUCCAAAAUCAACAACGACCUCAAGCGGAUCAGCCCCAUCUCGUCCCUGGACUCCCACCGAUCGCACAAGCAGCAGCAGUCCGGAAUCCUGCAGGGUCGUCUGCUGAACAUGCCCCAUUCGCCAACGCUGCUCCAACCGCCACAACUGCAGAUGCAGCAGCACAGCAGUUUCGAGGAGUCCCCGGGGAUGUCCGUGCACGGCGCCUACCAUUGGGACUGCUCGGACUGGGUCGGCCGGGGGCACCAUCCACUGCCAAACAUCACCGAGGUGCCCGGCAGCGAAGUCCCCGACUCGUCCAGCUUCCACAGCAACGAGAGCAACGAGUCACACCCGAAGAACAACCUGCUACCUCCGAUCCUUGGCCCAGUGGACCCGGCGCGGGACAUCGAAACGCUCAAUGAGGACAACGAGUCCGAGUUCGUGGACGACUCGGAGUGCGACCAGAGCGAGCAGCCGCUGUCGCUGGGCUUCGAGCAGAACACUUCCAUUCCAUGUCUGAAUCCUCUCGACAGCGGCAGCGAGGACUACAGAUUCAAUACAGUGCCUUUAAAAGUAAAUACACCUGAUAGUUAUCUACGACACCCGAACAGCUACUUGCCCAAGUACAACAUCCAGAGCGAAACCGAGGGUGAAUGUGCCCCACUAACAGGGGGAGGAGGAGGACCAGGAGGAGCAAGUAGGAAGCCCCUGAACGGGCUCGAGGUGGGACCUCACCAGCUCGUUGAGUCCGACGAGGACGAGGACGGCAUCCAGGCGUACGGCUUCCCGGUGACGAAGCGACGCAACCGGCGCGAACCCAGUGAUAUCGACAUGGUGCUGCACAGUGGCGGUGAGAGCAGCUCCCUGCUCAGCCACUCGCGCAACCUAAACAGCUCGAACCACUCGAACAGCGAUCUUUCGACGCACCUGUGCGAAAUCGACGACUCCGAGUUCGAGCAGGACUUACCGACGGCGAUGCAACACCACCAGCAGCAGCCACCCCAUCAUCACCACCACCAUCAUCAUCCAACGCAGCAGCAGCUUCAACCAUCCCAGCAGCACCAGUCCAGCUCGUCGUUGUCGUCGUCCGGCGGAAGUGGCCAACCAUCGCGGCCCAAACAAAACAAGGUCAAGUGGGCCAACAGCGUCCAGCAGACGGAGGUCUGACAGCAGCUCGACGACGACCCAGCCGACGGCGAAGGCAGCUCAGCCAAGACCACAACCAUCAAGACUUGUAACUUCUCUAGCAGCAUUAGCCGAGCACUAUUGAUGCAACUUUCUAGGUUAACUUAUUUUAUUUAUUUCGUCGUGAGCCUUUCGUAGCUAUUAACUUUGUGUCCUGUGUCUUCAUGCGUUCGAAUGUCGCUCUGUGUCUACGUAAUUUUAGUUCUUAAGUUGCCAUUAACGGUUAGGUCAUUUUUUUAUACACCCUCAUCACAACAAGGAAUCAAAAUUUUAACACAGACGACAAAAGUUAAGAAGAAAUUACAACAUGAUCUCCGGUAGAGACUCCAACGCGCGGGCGACCUGUCAUCGCGCGUAACCGCAUCCAUAUCUCGUGUCACACGUGUUUCGAAAUUCGUAGAAUGCAGCUAAAUUAAAAGUGGUUGCGAAAAAGAGAGAAUGUGAGAUCGAAGCGAAAU